ACGUUACAUGUAACUUUUCAGUAGCGUCUUCCUAAGGCGGUCGCUAAUCUGAAUACUCAGUACUCGAAUCAACGCCAGACGAGCAAUAGAUGUUGCUCCGUUCAGCUAGGCUGCCACCCUGAGACCCCGCCGCCAUCGGGUCCUACCGCUCCCCACUCCGCUCUACGCACGAACAUGCGCCUUUUACGACGCCACAGUGAGAAUGAUUACAGUCUCACUCGUUUCAUUGACGGGGCCAUACCUCCUUAUGCCAUACUCUCUCACAGAUGAGGUCAAGAUAACGAAGAGGUGACCUUGGAAGAUAUAAUGAACGGAACGGGAAAGAGUAAGACUGGCUAUAGAAAGAUCCAGCUCUGCGCGGAACAGGCUGUUCGCGAUGGUCUGGAGUAUUUCUGGGUCGAUACAUGCUGCAUUGAUAAGGAAGACUAUGCCGAACUCGCGCACGCUAUCAACUCCAUGUUUCGCUGGUACCGUGAUGCAGCUCGAUGCUAUGUGUACUUAUCGGACGUCUCGAAGGCCCCGUCAAACAGCGAGGAUAGGACCGAUCCACCGCUAUGGGAAUUUGAGUUCCGAAAGAGCGAGUGGUUCAGCCGCGGGUGGACGCUUCAAGAGUUGCUUGCGCCCAGUAUGGUCGAGUUCUUUUCGUGCCACUGGGAAAAGAUUGGCGACAAGGCAUCGCUGAAGCGGCAGAUCCGGGAGAUAACUGGAAUCCCGGAUUCUGCGCUGCAAGGCACGCGUCUAUCCUCUUUUAGCGACUAUGAGCGAUUUUCAUGGAUGGAGCGCCGCCAGACGAAGAAAGCAGUCGAUAGAGCGUACGCUCUGCUGGGUAUUUUCGACGUCAAUAUGAUGCUCAACUACGAUGAAGGAGUCGAGAGUGCAUUCAGGCGGCUCCAGGACCAGAUUGACAAGCUGAAGCGCUGCCUACAAGACUUGCGGCUCACCGACCCGCGGCAUGAUAAGAAGCGCAUUGAAGACACCAAGGGCGGCUUGUUCAAGGACGCGUACCGUUGGAUCCUCCAGAAUCCUAAAUUUGGCCAAUGGCGCGACAACCAGCAGAAUCGUCUGCUAUGGAUCAAGGGCGAUCCUGGCAAGGGAAAGACGAUGCUACUCUGUGGCAUUGUCGACGAUUUAGAGGAGCACAUGGCUUUAACAACUCUUAUUGCUUACUUUUUCUGUCAGGCCACAGACUCGCGCAUUAACAGUGCCACAGCCGUGCUGCGUGGCUUGUUGUACUUGCUUGUUGACCAGCAGCCUUCGCUGGUCUCUCAUAUCCAGGCCAAGCAUGACCGCGCAGGCCGAGAACUCUUCGAAGACGCAAAUGCAUGGGUUGCUCUACGCGAGAUCUUCACGAAUAUUCUGCAAGACCCCAGUAUACAGCGCACGCACUUAAUUGUUGAUGCGCUCGACGAAUGUGUGGUAGACCGCGACCUACUGUUAGACUUUAUUAUCGAGCAAUCUUCUGCAUCGUCCCGCGUCAAAUGGAUCAUAUCUAGCCGUAAUUGGCCAGAAAUCGAGCAGCAGCUUGCGACGGUGGGGCAUGGGGUGGGACUGAGCCUUGAGGUAAACGCGGAAUCUGUAUCUACCGCCGUCGACAUAUUCAUUCAACAGAAGGUGAUUCACCUAUCGCAGAGAAACAAGUACGACGACACAACGAAGAAAGUAGUGCAGCACCAUCUAUCUUCGAAUGCAGAUGGCAUUUUCCUUUGGGUAGCGUUGGUGUGCCAGGGCCUCAAAGCCGUCCCGAAGCGGCAUGUUCGAAAGAAGCUAAGCGCCUUUCCCGCUGGGCUUGACUCGCUGUACGAACAGAUGGUGCAACACAUAGUCGACUCAGACGAUGCCGAACUUUGCAAAGAAAUACUAGCCGUAGCCGCUAUUACAUAUCGGCCGCUUACGCUACAAGAGAUAGUUACGCUUGUGGAGCAAUUCGAAGAUACGGCAGAUGACCCCGAAUCUGUACAAGACAUUAUUAGACGCUGCGGCUCAUUUCUUACCACGCGAGAGAGCAUUGUCUACUUCGUGCACCAGUCCGCAAAAGACUUUCUAAUCGAGAAGGCUGCCAACACUAUUUUCCCGUCUGGCAGGGAUAGCGCGCACUAUGCAGUUUUUUCCAGGUCCCUCCAGAUUUUGUCCAACUCACUUCAACGAGACAUGUACAGCCUAGGUGCGCCUGGGUGUACUAUCGAGCAGGUCCUACGGCCAGAUCCCGAUCCAUUAGAAAAAACACGCUACUCGACCAUUUACUGGGUGGAUCAUCUGCAGAGCUCCAAUUCUCUCGCUACCACAGGACACCUUACUGAGCUACAGGAAGGAGGACUCGUUGACAAAUUCCUCCGACGGAAAUACCUCUAUUGGAUGGAGGCGCUCAGCCUUAGCAAGAGCAUCCCAAAGGGAGUAGCAUCAAUGGCAGCACUUGAAGCUCUCAUAUAUAAACAAACAGGCACUCCUAUAUUGCUCAAUCUAGUCAAAGAUGCGCGUAGGUUUAUCAUGUAUCACAAAGGGGCGAUAGAGGCGGCGCCUCUUCAAGUAUAUGUGUCAGCUCUAAUGUUUAGCCCUAAGAACAGUUUAGUCCGGAGAUUAUUCGAAAAGGAAGCACCGCCAUGGAUCUCAAUAAAACCGCUAAUGGGAGAGAACUGGAGCGCAUGCCUGCAGACGCUUGAGGGCCAUAGCAGUGGGAUCUACUCGGUGGCCUUCUCCCCGAACUCGAGGCAGCUGGCGUCGGGGUCAGUUGACAGGACAGUUAAGGUCUGGGACGUAGGCAGUGGUGCGUGCCUGCAGACGCUUGAGGGUCAUAGCAAUUCGAUCCACUCGGUGGCCUUUUCUCCCAAUUCGAGGUGGCUGGCGUCGGCGUCGGAUGACAUGACAGUCAAGGUCUGGGACGUAGGCACCGGUGCGUGCCUACAGACGCUUGAGGGCCAUAGCUAUUCGAUCUACUCGGUGGCCUUCUCUCCUGACUCAAGGUGGCUGGCGUCGGCGUCGUAUGACAAGACAAUUAAGGUCUGGGACCUGGGCAGUGGCGCGUGCCUACAGACGCUUGAGGGCCAUAGCUAUUCGAUCUACUCGGUGGCCUUCUCUCCUGACUCAAGGUGGCUGGCGUCGGCGUCGGAUGACAUGACAGUCAAGGUCUGGGACGUAGGCAGCGGCGCGUGCCUACAGACGCUUAAGGGCCAUAGCGGUGGGGUCCUGUCGGUGGCCUUCUCUCCCAACUCGAGGUGGCUGUCGUCGGCGUCAGAUGACAUGACAGUCAAGGUCUGGGACGUAGGCAGUGGCGCGUGCCUGCAGACGCUUGAGGGCCAUAGGGGUGGGGUCCACUCGGUGGCCUUCUCUCCCGACUCAAGGUGGCUGGCGUCGGCGUCGGAUGACAUGACAGUCAAGGUCUGGGACGUAGGCAGCGGCGCGUGCCUGCAGACGCUUGAGGGCCAUAGUGGUUGGGUCUAUUCGGUGGCCUUCUCUCCCAACUCGAGGUGGCUUGCGUCGGCGUCGUAUGACAAGACAAUCAAGAUCUGGGACGUGGGCAGCGGCGCGUGCCUGCAGACGCUCGAUAUCGGCUGUUCACUUCAGACCCUGUCUUUCAAUGCUUCUAGCUCUGGCCUUUUGACCAACAUCGGUGUUAUUAAUCUCGAUUUACUACCAUCAUCAAACACCACCACUAACCCAGAGCCUAAAUCCCCGAUGUACCAAGCCACUACACUAAGCCCAGAUAAAAUAUGGAUAACACACGACUCACAUAAUAUAAUCUGGCUACCUUCAGACUACCGACCUUGCUGUUCAGCUGUAUUGGGGAAUAUGAUCGGUAUAGGUGUAGGGACCGGAAGGGUAUGGAUGUGUAAUGUUGAGAUAAAUAAUCACUAGAAUUUCCC